GGGGUUUUAAUGGGGCGGGACUUCCUGUCGGAGCAAUCCCCGUUACCUCCGGAAGAGCCGAAGAACCGAGCCCUCGGACGCCGGCGGUUGAGCAUCGAUCGCGGUGCGCUCGCGCGAGAUAAUGGCAGACCCUUGGCAGGAGUGCAUGGACUAUGCAGUAAUCCUCGCGAGGCAAGCUGGAGAGAUGAUUCGUGAAGCUUUAAAAAAUGAGAUGGAUGUCAUGAUUAAAAGUUCUCCAGCCGACUUGGUAACAGUUACUGACCAAAAAGUUGAAAAAAUGCUCAUGUCUUCUAUAAAGGAAAAGUAUCCAUGUCACAGCUUCAUUGGUGAAGAGUCUGUGGCAGCUGGGGAGAAGACGGUCUUCACAGAGCAGCCCACGUGGGUCAUUGACCCCAUUGAUGGAACGACUAACUUCGUGCAUCGGUUUCCCUUUGUAGCUGUUUCAAUUGGCUUCCUUGUGAAUAAAGAGAUGGAGUUUGGAAUUGUGUACAGCUGUGUGGAAGAUAAGAUGUACACCGGCAGGAAAGGGAAAGGUGCCUUUUGUAACGGUCAGAAGCUUCAGGUGUCCCAGCAGGAAGACAUUACCAAGUCACUCUUGGUGACCGAGUUGGGCUCGUCCAGAAAGCCCGAGACUUUACGGAUCGUUCUCUCCAACAUGGAAAAGCUGUGUUCCAUCCCCAUCCAUGGAAUCCGGAGUGUUGGAACAGCUGCUGUUAAUAUGUGCCUUGUGGCAACGGGAGGAGCAGAUGCCUAUUAUGAGAUGGGAAUCCACUGCUGGGACAUGGCGGGAGCUGGCAUCAUUGUCACCGAGGCAGGCGGAGUGCUCAUGGAUGUCACGGGUGGACCGUUCGAUCUGAUGUCUCGGAGAAUAAUUGCCGCAAAUAGUAUAACAUUAGCCAAAAGAAUAGCCAAAGAAAUUGAGAUAAUACCUUUGCAAAGAGACGACGAAAGCUAGUCACAGAGAACAGUGUCCAGCUCCAGUGUCAUCCUUGCUGUCCCUGGGGUGUUUCAGAUGGAUGGUGUCACUGAUUUAGACUGAACUUUGAGGUCCUGAUUUUAAAAUGGAAACUUUUUUUUUACAGAUGACAUAUUCAAAAUUAGAUGGAAUAUUUGAUUAUUGAAAGAAAAUUUGCAUGUAGUAAUAUUCUUGGGGAAAAUAUACAAAAAGUAUACUUAAUGAACUAGCCAUUGAAAUUGUCCCUAGUCCUUAUGAUCCCCUUCAACUUAAUGUACUGUUUAUAUGCAUAAUUCUCAAUUACAAAGUUUCUUUUUGUAAGUGGCUUUCUCUAUGUUCCAGAAGCCAUAUUUGAUUAAGUCUAAAGGCUGUAACAAGCUGGCUCUCCCUGUGCAGAGGGCCUUUGUGUUUUAUUAAUCACUGUAAGAUAGUGCCUGGCCCAGUGCCUGUCAGACAGUAGGCAGUCUGAAGUCCACACCUGACAAUGCGUGCUCGAAGCUGCAGCUGCUGCCUCUAAUGCGUCACAGUAAGAUAACCACCCUCCUGUUGCGAGGUAGAAGUUACUUCACUGUCCUUUUUAUAUUUCUUAUUGCUAUGCCAUUUCACAGGAUCGUGCUGCCAGAGACGACUGCUUCUAGUGGACAUUUCUGCAGUUAGUACACUGCUGUAUGUUGUAGGUUCUGCUUAAAGCUGCCGUGCUAAAGAGAUUUUCACAGACAUCUUCCAGGUACCUGGUCUAGUUAGUGGCAGGGAUAUGUUUUACAAAAGGCAGCUUUCUCAUUCAGAUCCGUACCCUGGUGCUGACCUGUGUACUGUGGUGUAAUGGUGAACUUUUUGAUUUCUUUCCAGACUUGCUGAAUUUCAUCACUGCUAACUCUAGAUGCUCUCUCUAUAAGGUCUUGGGCCUCUCAAACUCAAGAAAAUUUAAUGGCUCCUAUUCCUUUGUUAAAGGGUUAAUUCAUUGUCUAGCCUUGGCCCUUGGCAUAUGAACAGAUGUUUUGCUCUUAGUAUGUUUGAACCUUGCAUUUGAUACAAUGAAGUGUUUUUGUAAGUUUCAAGGCAGUUAUCUUGAUUUUGGGGGGAUUUAAUAUAUUAAAGCUAUAUAAUACUCAGAUUUGGGCACUGUAAUGACUAUAUCUGUGCUGUUAAUUACAUGUAUUUAAAACGUCACGUACCAUGUAAAUUCUAUUACAAGACAGGUUGCUUUGCAAUUAAAUUUAUUUUAGUUAAGACUUAGGAAUACCAUUUUCUUUCAUUGUAUUCAUUUGCGUAUCCCAGGCUGCCCUCAGAAUUGUUGCAUACCCGAGGAUGAACUUGAACUUGUGACGGCUCUGCUUUUCUCUCUUAAGUUCUGGGAUGCAGAGAAGAUGGCCACAGGCCACCACACACAGUUUCUGUGGUGCUGGAGACUGCACAGGGCCACACGUGUACUUAGCGUAAGCACUCUGCUGCCCAAGCUGCGCUCCAGCCCAUGAACACACGUGGAAUUAAAGGAGUAAUUAAUGAUAUCUUAUCAAAGUUAAUAGCCUCAGCCCUUUUUAGGGGUUUUGAGUUUAGUUACAGAUAUUUGAAGCUAAUAUUGGUUAUGAAUAUUCACUUUUUGCAUAUAGAUUUUCCCACUAUAGAUAAACACUUAAUACUUUCCCUAUCUGUUUGUAUCUUUGUAUGCUAAGUGCAGUUGAGUAUUAUCUGGCUAAACAUUGCGUCGGUGUGGAAAAAAGAUGACCAGAAAGUCAGGUACCCCGAAUCACUGGAAACUCCUUUCUUAUGUAGCAGAACCUCUCACCCUCGCCCUAGCCCAGCGUUUAUCUCGUGUUCUCAUUUUCGGAGCCUUCUUCCUGGCAGCUUGAGGCUAUGUGUAAGGAGAUCUAUAACCUUAUGUGCAAGCCACUGGCUGUAGGACUAAGUCUAUAAGAAUCAGCAGAAGAACUCUGAUGUCUCUGGAGGUAUGGUGGAUACCCCUGUGUGUGCAAGCAGCAGUGCACAGGAUAGCUCUGCACAUGUGCGGCACCUGCUCAGCGUAAGGAGGGGUCGGAGAUCAGAUCCUGCUAAGGAGGCUGUGGAAGAACUAUGCACAGAGCAACUCUAAAGUGUUAAUGAGAAAAAGUUAUAGUUGUGUAUGUAUGGGGUCAGGCGCAUGUGUGCAUCACUGUGCCUGUGGCUGUCAGGGCAAUUGAACCUGAGGGGCAUCAGGCAUGGACCAGGCUUCCCUACCAAGCCAUUCCACCAGCUCGAAGAUCUUCUAAGUGCCAUGUCUACUCAUGCUUUGGAAGUCUUGGCGGUGUCACAUAUAAUGCCUUCCUGAUCAAAAUCCUGAUGGUAUUUAGAGGAGGGAGAUGUCGGCUUUCUGUCCCAUUGACAGUUUCUCUGAGGGGAUUAAUAAGAAAAGUAUUGCUUUGGUUCAGCUUGGAGUUAUAAUGUCAUUGGUUGUCCCUGUGGCUUUGUCCUGUGGCAAGACUGUACAUCAUGGGUGUCAUAGUUUACAAUGACCUCACGUGGGUCCCCCUUUUUCUCUAUCUCCCCCAAACUAUCACCCUAAAGCCUUUUUGAUUAUUAAGGGUUUGGGGUUUUUGUUUGUUUGUUUGUUUGAGUCAUGUUUUUGCUAUGUAGUCCAGGCUGGCCUAGAAGUCACAGUCUUCCUAUAUCUGCCUCCAUACUGCUUACAGUAUAGGCAUGUACUACUGCAGUGGCUGGGCCAGCCCUUUACCACAUGGGCCUUUGGGCAUUAGCCAAUUUUCAAACUAUGAAAAGAAGUAAAGCUAGAAAUUAACAACUAACACAGAAUGGCAGAGAGCCCUAAGUAGCUAAAACCAUCAGAAAGCAGAAGGCAAAGUUAGAAUCUGACUGUUCACCAGAUAGGAGCCCAGUGCCGUAAUUAAAGCAGUGGCAUUUGCCCAAGGCCACGCAAGCAGCUCUGUGAGGUAAAGAGUCCCAGGCUGCUCUUGGCUGUGAGUGGCCGAGUUGGCUGCCCCCCACGGCAGGAGACAUACUGACCCCAUCCCGUCAAGUUCUCAGAUCAAGUUGUAGAAUUGGAAUCGGACAGAAAGGAGGAGGCCACACAGAUGAGUCAGUGAGUAAAGGUGCUCUUCUUCAAGUCUGACAACCUGAGGUUGAUCCCUGGGGUUCACAAGGUAGAAGGGAAAACCUGACAGCUGGAAGCUAUCCACUGAUCUAAACUUGUACCAUGGUUUGUGGAAUUUUUUUUUUUUUAAAGUAAAAGUUUCUGAAAG